AUGACAUCCAACACAAACUAUGCAGAACCACAGAAACCACGAAAUUCUAUAAUGAAGUCUAACACUGCUGACACGGAAUCGAUAAAGCCACUAAAAAGACCCAAGAAGCAAUCGUACUUUUUCAAACCAGUGAAUAAACUAACAGGAGAUGCAGAAAGUCAUGCCCAAGUGAUUAAACCAAUAGAUACAAAUACAUUUCGCUCUCAAGUUCAGCCUGUUAGAGAAGUCAAUAGUCAAUCGCAUGCAAUCGAACACAGCCCCAAGCGUAAAGUCAAAAAACACUUGGAAGUCCAGAUUGCCACUGAUAACUCUGAUGAUAGUUUUGAUGGAGUGCGUUGGAGAGAUAGCCCUGAUUCGAAGUCGAGCCAUCUUGACGAGGUGAAAGUAAAUACUUCCCGACACGGUGUACAGUACUCGUCAUCCCCUUUGAAAAAUAUCAAGCACAUCGAAAAGGAGUCGGGAGGUGGAACAACCGAAGUGUUAUCAAAGUAUGGCGCAGAUUUCUACAACGUCUCCUCGAUUUCACCAAAAUUGACAAAGACACGUUCGGACUUGAGCAGCAAAACUAGUAAAUUCAAAGCUGAGUCGAUAGGAAGGUCUUCUUUGCAAAGAACAAAAUCAACUGGUUUGGAAAGUGCCGGGAAGAGUCUGUGUUCGGGAUUGGUGCAAGGUGCGUUGAGUAGCUGGAUCAGUAAGCUAAAUAGUGACGAGCAUGAAAAGCCAAAGGCAAUUAACAUAAAGCUGUCACCUACAGGUAAAACUUAUGAUGACACCUUACAAUCAAAUGACCCCUUUUCUGAGGAUGAGGAGAUUUUGAAAAUGUUGUCGCAACAAGAAGUUAAGCAAGAAUUUUCCAAAGAUAAACAACUGAGUCCUGAUUCAUCUCCUUCAAAGAGUAAACAAGGUUUGAAAUGUGAAGAUUUGAUAUCCUCUCCAAGAGCUGACCUUUCUGAAGAUCCCUUUUCGGAUGAAACGGACCCGGAGAUUUUAAAUAUUUUGAACGGCGUGGAUACAAAAACAUCCGUCUUCACAAAGUCGUUCAAAGAGGGUAUGCAAAAAUAUGAAAAUCUUUGGCUAGAGAAAAGUGGGGCAAAUGAAAAGGAGGAGGAGUUUACUGACAUUGCAUACGGCAGAUCCAUUCUACGAAGGUUAAAAAUUCUCAAUUUCAUAGAGCAGGUUUAUGGAGCAAAUGGUAAAAAGCAAAUCAUCUUGGAAGUUACCAAUGCUGAUAAGCAAACUUCCAGGCUCAUUCUAAGGGGAGAAUAUUGCGAGCUUGAUUUUGGUGUGAAUGAUAUAAUACAUGUCAUCAACACGGAUAAAGGGAAUCCUAACUUGAUUGACGAUACCCACAACUUGCUUGUAUUGAAUCCUGAUAUUUUGAUUUCGGCUACCAAGAUAGCUCAACAAAUAAACUGUCCUCGAGAGACGGUUUUGGUGUCGCGAUACAAGUUCCCUGGGACCACCUCAAUUCCCAUCAUUGUAGGAGAGAUGGUGCAUUAUAUAUUCCAAGAAUGUAUGGUGGCCGAAAAUUGGAGCUUUGACUUUAUGCGGGAAGUUUUCGAUGAUUUGAAAGAACAGUAUUUUUUGACUUUAUGCAGUAUUGACAAGGACAUGGAAGAUAUAGACCAAGAAGUGGAGAAGCAUCUACCCUAUUUGCAACAAUGGUUCGAGAGUUACUACAAAAAGGUUCCAUCUAAGCGAUCCAAAAUUGAUGAUUGUCUGGAGCGAGAUCAAAUUGCAUUCGCUGUUGAUGAUAUAUUAGAUAUAGAAGAAGAAAUCAGGUCUCCCGUGUUUGGAUUGAAAGGUAUGGUAGACGCGACAAUAAUUGCUAGUCUACGAAACAAGAGCGUUGACGGGAAAUUUUUGUUACCUAUGGAGAUCAAGACUGGACGUGAAUACAUUAGCCAUAGUGCACAAGCAUCAUUGUAUGCCCUUCUUUUCAAAGAUCGUUAUGACAUGGAUAUAGACUCGUUCGUUCUUGUUUACACGAAGGAGGGUGUGACAAAGAGAUUUCAAAUACGUGUUUCAGAUUUGCGAUCAUUGAUCAACUUGAGAAAUCGUGUUUCUCAACACUUACGAUCGGGUACUACAUUACCUGAAAUUUUGCGUCGUUCAAGUUGCGAGAGAUGUAAUGUUGUUUCUGGAUGUAUGGCAAUAAAUUAUUUGUCAGAGGAUGGAACCAAGGAGAAUUCUGGUAUCGACGAGGAUGAAUAUGACUCAAUCACAACCCAUUUACAAAACCCAAAGUACAAGGAGUAUUUCAAUACUUGGGAUACAUUGAUAUCACGAGAAGAGUCUGUCAUGACCAAAAGUUUGAAACAUGUAUGGACUUUGCCCACUUAUUUACGUGAAGAGCAGGGUACGUGCUUGAGCAAUUUGAAAAUCAUUGAUUCGAAUGAUAACCUGAGCCUGGUAUUUUACAUUGCCAGCGCUCACGGAGAUAAAUCACAAGAGAGGCAGUUCAUGUACACUUUUGUCAAAGACGAGGAUGACGCAUCUUUCAAUAUGUUGUCUUCAAAACUCACCUCCGGUGAUAGGGUUUUAAUCAGCGAUGAGGACGGACAUUUUGCCAUUGCUACGGGCACAAUCAAGUCCAUCUCGCCGUCAAAGAUCACUUUAAGUACCAGACGGAGAAUAGUGACAUAUGACAUGAAAAUGAGCAAUUUCAGUGAAAAGAAUAAUCAGGUGAUGGAGAGUUUAAUCCAUGGAAGUGAGAUAUCUCGGGCUAAGGGAAACAAGCGAUUUAUCAUCGAUAAAGACGAGAUGUUUUAUGGGAUGGGUCUUGCCCGGUAUAAUGUCUUGAGAAUAUUCUUGCCUGAUUCACGAGCCGAACUACGUGAUUUACUAAUUGACUUGAAACCUCCAAAAUUUUCAACCGAUUAUGAAAAGUAUCCAUUUGAUUCCAAGUUCAAUCACUGUCAAACAAUGGCUCUCAAUAAAGUAUUUGCCGCAGAGGAUUAUGCGCUUAUACUAGGGAUGCCCGGAACCGGUAAAAGUACCAUUAUCGUAGAGAUGGUCCGAAGAAUUGUUGAGGAAGGGAAAACAGUCUUGCUCACUUCGUACACAAACUCAGCUGUUGACAAUAUUCUUUUGAAAAUCGUCGAGAAGAUGGGGGAUGACGAGGACUUCAAGUUUUUACGGAUAGGAUACCCAUUACGAGUUCACAAAUCACUUCACAAGUACAUUCCCGACUACAAGGAGCCCAUUAAGUCGCGAGCUCAGUAUAGAAAUACAUACGAGAUGCCAAAUAUUGUGGCCACUACUUGUUUGGGUAUCUCCGAUUCUUGUUUUAAUUUGAGACAAGAGUUUGAUUAUUGCAUUGUUGAUGAAGCUUCACAAAUUACUGUCCCCAUCAAUUUGGGGCCUAUAAGUCUUGCUAAAAAGUUUAUACUAGUUGGAGACCAUUACCAAUUGCCUCCACUAGUUCUACAUCCCAGUCCAGAAGUUCGAUACGGGCUUUCGAGGUCUUUGUUCAGGAUCCUUGCCGAGGCACAUCCAGAUGCAGUAAGUGAGUUAACGGAACAGUAUAGGAUGUGUGAAGAUAUAAUGCAGGUUUCCAACAUUUUGGUGUAUGAGAACAAGUUGAGGUGCGGAUCAGAAACAGUUGCUAACCAGUACAUGGACAUUCAACAUCCCGAGGCGGUUACAAGUCUAAUUUCGCCGGAAACUCCAAAAGAAUCACAAUGGAUGGAUCUUGUCUUUGACAAGCGCCGGAAAGUACUAUUUUUUGAUCAUGAUACUGUUCCCGCAUAUGAAACAGUUUUUGGAGAAGCAGUGCGAAAUUCAAGGGAAGCGACUUUGAUACAGCAAAUUGUCAAAGCGUUUGUUACUGCAGGUGUGGAUGAGUCUCAAGUGGGUGUGAUGUCCUUUUACCGCUCUCAGCUUGAACUCUUAAAGAGAAACUUGUCUUCAAGAACAGAGUUGGAAAUACUAACUGCAGACCAGUACCAAGGCAGAGACAAGCAAUGUGUGAUCAUUUCUUUGGUGCGGUCCAAUAAGGAGAAAAAUGCUGGUGAUCUUUUGAAAGAGUGGCGACGUUUAAACGUGGCAGUGACUAGGGCCAAGUCAAAAUUGAUUAUUUUUGGAUCAAGGUCCACCUUAUCUACGAAUGUCACUACAAAAACCUUUAUUGACUUCUUAGAGCUGAAAGGUUGGUAUUACUCCCUCCCUUGCGAUGCAGACAAGAUUUAUGAUUUGCCACCAUCAGCAAGUAACUCUCCAAUAAAGAGAAGAUCGCAAAGGGCAUGUGUGGGCAAGAGCAAUGCUAUUCUCAAGAAUGUUAUUGAUGAUAUUACUAAAUAG